AUGAUCAGAUCAUCAGCAGAGCCUGCCAAGCCCAAGCGAAAGGGCACCAGAAGGGUUUCUACCCUUACUCCCGCACGACUCGCCCGCAAGAGGGCCAACGAUCGAGAGGCCCAGAGGGCGAUCCGCGCCCGCACCAAAGAGCGCAUCGAGCGGUUAGAGCGCGAGUUGGCUGAGCUCAGGAGCAAACAAGGCCAUGACCAAACCGUCCAAGAAUUAUUGCGUCGUAACAAGGCAAUCGAGAAAGAGCUAAUUCGUCUCAAGGAAAUCAUGAAGGUGCCAAUGACUUCGUCAACUUACACUGCACUAGGUCUAACUCCACGACAGCUCUCAUUGCCUGAUAAGAUCUUCCCGUCAACAGUCUAUAAUGGCAACCUCAGUAUUGGUAAUGAUGCCAUUCCUAGCUCUCACGGAUCACCAUUCCCAGGCGACUACAAUUCCCUCCUUGACUACAGCCAACAAUACGUCCCCUUACGCAACGACUGCGAAUUCUUGGCGAGCACUGUCUCCUGCAAUAUCCACUCCAACGUCUCGACGCCAUCAUCAUCAGCCGGCUAUAGCGUUGGUUAUAUCCCAAUCAGCGUGCCCACCUCGGUCCUACCCUCCAAUAACACCAGCUCCUCAAGCCUCGGCGCGGCGUGUGACAAGAACGUUGUUAAGAUGGAGUAUGACGACGUGGGCCAUCAUGCUACAAUACCCCAAGAGCUUCGUCUGCCCGAUAUGAGGCAUGGCGAGGAGAUUACUCACACUCAAUAUCUAAACGCCGGGUUCUGCCUCGGUAAUCUUUCGCUACGCCCCACCACAGCCUAUUCUCAUUCCUACAUGCCGCACCAGCAGCAGCAGCAGUCCCCCUGGAACAUGUAUCCCAUACACUACCCCUCGCCACAUUCAUCGGCUGACCAUGCCAUUGGCGGUGCCGCCUCAAUUAUCUUCUUAUGGGUUUCGCCCAGAACUGUUGCCAGCAGGCCCGGCCAAGGCGAUCUGCCAGACUCUGGGACACGCAUAACUCCACUCCCUAUAUUCUAA